CCCGCGACCCCUGCCCAGGCCCCGACCCCAGCCCCGACCCCGCCCUCGGCCCCGCCAACCUCGGCCGCGGCCCGCGCCCCGGCCCCGGAGGCCCAGCCGUGGGUACGAUGUUGCCCAGCUCCAUCCAGAUUUCAGGGGAGCCGCUGUCAGGCGCCGAGGUGCGGGACAUCUGCCGCGGCCUGCGCGACAACGCCGUGCGCCUGCUCUCACUGCGCGGCUGCCGCCUCUGCGACCGCGACUUCGGCCGCAUCUGCCGGGCCCUGGCCGGGGCCACGUCCCUGGCGCAGCUCAACCUUAACCUAGGCGUCGUGUCCAGUCCCAGCCGCAUCAAGCAGCUGGCAGAGGCGCUGCGGACCAACCGCUCUAUCCAGUCCCUCUUCCUGCACGGGAGCCCCCUGACAGAUGCAGGACUGGCCUUGCUGAACCCAGCACUGGCCCUCCACCCUGCCCUUGUGGCUCUGGACCUGGGGGACUGCAUGCUGGGUGAUGAAGCCAUCAACCUCAUCUGUGGCCUCCUCCCCCCAGAUGGAGCCAAGUCAGGCUUGAAGGAACUGACGCUGAGCGCCAACCCUGGCAUCACCCCUAAGGGCUGGAGCCGCCUUGCAAUUGCCGUGGCCCACAGCUCCCAGGUCCGCGUCCUCAAUCUGGACUACAACCCCCUGGGUGACCAUGUGGCAGGGAUGUUGGCUGUAGCUGUGGCCUCCAGCCGCACGUUAGAGGUCCUGGACUUGGAGGGCACAGGGCUUACCAACCAGUCAGCUCAGACCCUGCUGGACAUGGUAGAAAAUUACCCCACGGCUUUGCGGAGCCUGGUGUUGGCUGAGAACAGCAUUAGCCCCGAGCUGCAGCAACAGAUCUGUGACCUCCUCUCAGAGGGAGAGGAGGAGGAAGAGGUGGCAGGAGGGGCUGGUGACACGCAGGAACAGGAGAGAGGGCGAGAGCCUGCUGCCCAGCAGAGGAGCAGCAGCUCCUGGAUGUGCCCCAGUGAUCCCAGCUCUCAGAUGGUGCUCAUGACUUCAGGACUAGGUGAUAGUCUGUUGGCUGAAACCGAGAUGUGACUCUCUGCUCGGGCUUCUGUGCAUCAUUACAUGUUGUCUAUGUCCCCAGCACCUUACCCCGGAUGUCAGGGUCAGGCCUAGGGCCUGGGAGGGAGGUGGGGGUGCCGGGGGCUCUGGUAGCUCCCGGCAGCGAUGGGAAGCUCUGGAAGCUGACUAAGCAACAGCCUUGGGCACACGCGAACCCAAGGUGAUGUCUCUGGACUUGUUAGCAGCUCUGGCUGCAACCCGCUGGCUCGGAAGAGAUUUUAUGAACUCUACAA